AUUUUAUGAAGACAACAACAGUAAACCUUAAUAGAAAAUGACGUGUUCUCCUUUUAAGAUUUUCUUAACAAAAAAAUAAAAAGAAAAAAAAGAAAAAAAAUUUUUUUUUUUUUUUUUUGCUACAAUUUUAAUAAAUUUUUGUAUUCAUCGCUUAAAAGUGAAAGUUAUGCUGAUAUUGUUGUUCCCUUUGUAACAGACAGCAAUAAAUAUCAAAUAAUCUACAGAAUCUUUCCUUACAAUACAAUAUCAAUGGUUCUUGUGAAUGCGACGGUCGGAUAUGCUGCUCAUCAUACAAUUCAAUUCCAAAUACGUUUACAUAUAAUAAACAUCCAGAGAUUAAAUGUAAAAGUGAUUGUGAUUCGUUUACCGCAAAAAGAAGAACACGCUUAAAAAUGAUUUCGGAAAUUUUUAUUCAUUUCCCUUAAGAAUAUUUUUUUUAUACGAUUCCGUGUAAAAAAGGAAAAUGAGAAGAAAAUGAAUUUCCAUUGUACACCGUUCAUAUAUCGGGAAUUAAUUCAAAAUUAAAGGAUCUCUGAUCAUAUAUCAACAUGUUGCCGCAACAAUAUUGCUUAAGAUGGAAAUAUCAUCACAGCAAUUUACAAACGAUGUUUUCCCAAUUAUUGGAUCGCGGUUGCUUCUGCGAUGUUACUCUCGCCUGCGAGGGGCAGUUGAUACGAGCGCAUCGUGUUGUAUUAUGUGCUUGCAGUACAUUUUUCGAUACGAUAUUAACGAAUUACGCGAGUGAUCGAGAUCCGAUUAUCAUAAUGAAAGAUGUAACAUUUGCUGACAUCAAAUGUUUGAUUGAGUUCAUGUAUAAAGGUGAAAUAAAUGUGGAACACGCAAACUUAGCUUCAUUGCUUAAGACAGCUGACGAUCUCAAAAUAAAGGGCUUGGCGGAGGUAACUUGGCGCGAUGAAGAUGAUAUACCACCGCCACCACCCACUCCGCAUACAGAAUUUCAUUCACCGUCAACGCAAAGAGCGCACACAAAUGCUUACGAUUAUACAACAACAGCUCAUCAUCAUCAUAAUAAUAAUAAUAAUAAUAAUAAUAAUAAUAACAAUAAUAAUAAUAACAAUAAUCAUCAUCAUCAUCAUCAUUAUGAGACGCAGCAACGUUCACAAACUCCCGAGCCGGAGACAAGUGAACAAAAAGCAUCCACCUCUCCGAAACAUAAUAAUCCCGAGAUAGCUUGUCAACGCAUGCCUACUUUAACGCCCAUACCGAAUGCCGGAGUAUCUAUUGUCACAGCUGGCAAUUCACCUGUUGAUACUUAUAUGGGACCAAAACGUAAAAGAGGACGACCACCAUUAGAUGAUGCUUACGAUGUCUUCAAUGUCCGUAAAUUAUCGCAACAAUAUGCGGAUAAUAGUGACACGCAGCCCCCGUUCGCGGAAAAUUCUCAAUUUACGGACGAUCAUGCCGCAGCUGUUUCACAUAAUUCACGCGGCUCUUCACCUAUUACGGCAGCAACUGCAGCCUAUCAGCAGCAUAUACAAAAACAACGUUUACGUCAAAAAUCUUUACGCUCUCAAGACGAUCAUCUGGAUGAUGCUGACAACGAGUCCGAAUGGAUUAACAGCAAUUUGGAUGUAAGUGAAAAUGAGCAUAAAAUAACAAUUGAUCAUGAUAUUGAUCAAGAAGAAGAGGAAGAAGUAGCACAAGACUUGAAAAUAACUCCCGAUAUUAAGGAGGAGGAGGCCAAACGUAAAGAAGAGUCGCGCAUUAAGGAGAAAACACCCGAACGACAAAAACCGAAGGCAGUUAAGCGUAAAAAUUCCAAAGAGGAGAACUCCUUCGCUUUGGACAAGAAUGAGUUACGCAAAAAAUAUGAACAAUUGGAUCGAGGGGAACGCGAAGAAUCGUCGUCAGCGGUUCAGCCGGUGCCGCAGACCGUCGAAGAAAUGGAAACUAAUCAAAAUAAAACCAAUCAAGAUAAAAACGCCAUAACAAAUGGCGAAAAUGCUAAACAUUCCUCGAACAAAAAUACUAUUAGCGCAUCAACACCGACCUCGUCGUCGUCGUCGUCAUCGCCGCCGUCUUCUUCAAGCGCAGCGACACAAAAAUCUUCGGGACAUAAUCACAGUCGCCAGGCAUCGCCCAGUGCCACGGCUACAAGUUCUUUGCAUCAUUCCCAUCACUACGGCAAAUAUGUACCCGAUGGGUAUUUAAUUAACGAGCAUGGUAUCUUAAUGACCCAUGAUUUCGUUCACGCACCCACAGCAGCUAUACCCACAUCUUCAGCAGUUACUGCGUCGAACGGCCAUCAUAUCGAAGACUAUGCCGACAUCAAAAUGGAGGAAUUCAAUGAGACCGAUUUGCGCUUAACCAGUGAAGAAAUGUCCCAAUGGCAGGAUGUUAUUAAAAUGGAUGAUUAUCUAGCCAAAGGUCGUAGACCUCAAUUCUGGGAAGAGCCUUUCACCAGGAGGGUACUUGAUGCCAUAAAAAAUAAAAGACUUGAGAUGAAGAAAGCAGCUCGUAUUUUAGGAGUAUCUUACGGUACUCUUUAUGGGCGUUAUCGUGAAACCUACGGCUGUUUAAAACAUCCAUACAAUAGUUCAUCGGUAAGGAAUUCACAAGUAGCUUUGGCGGUGCCACCACGAUUUGAUAUAGUUUGGCCUUCAGCUAAGCCAGGGCAAAUUGAUAUCGGCAAGUUACGACCUAAAGAUUUAAGCGAACUUUGGACACGACCGCAAAUAUGAAAGAAACUUAUACCAUCAACGCUUUUAAAAUUGAAAACCAGGCAACCUUUGUAAAUAUUAAACGUAUUUUUAAAUGUGAAACUUAUUAUAUAAGUAUAUAUUUUAGUUGUACUGUUUAUUAACAGUAAUGCUUCUUAAGUUUAAUUUUAAAUUUAUGAAUUAGUAAAAUUUUGUUAAAAAAAAAAGAAAAGAAAAAGAAAACAAACCAACAAACAAACAAAUA